CUUCCUUGACACCGGCGGUGGUUUCUGCCGGACGCUCUCUCGCCAGUCAGUAGCUUAGUGUCUCGGUGAUCACACGCGCACAAACUCACAGCUGGAUACCGAUGAAGGUCUUAUUAGCAACAGCCGCCUUGCUGGCGGCUUGGACACAUGGCCACGAAAUAGAGAAACGACAGGCCAGUGAGCCGGAGCGACGCGUGGUCUGUUACUACACAAACUGGUCGGUGUACAGACGGGGACUGGCGAAGUACACACCACAGAAUAUUAACCCUUACCUGUGUACUCACCUGAUCUACGCUUUUGGAGGACUUACCGACGAAUUCGAAGUCAAACCUUUCGAUACUUACCAGGAUAUUGAACAAGGCGGCUACGCAAAAUUCAACGGCCUCAAGCAGUACAACAAGGGCUUGAAGACCCUCCUGGCUAUCGGCGGCUGGAACGAAGGCUCGGGGCGAUUCAGCGAGCUCGUGUCCCUCCCGGAGUACCGAAAGACGUUCAUUAUCUCGGCCAUAAGGCACCUGCGACGCUACAACUUCGACGGUCUUGAUCUGGACUGGGAGUACCCGGCUUCGCGAGAUGGGUCCGCGCCCGAGGACAGGGAGAAUUACGCCGCUUUGGUCAAGGUAAACAAGGGGUCGAUAGAAUCGGUUCAGAAUCCAAGGUUAACUCUCAGUCCAGAUUCCAAGGUUAACAUCUUCUGUCCAGCUUGCUUCAGUAACUUCAUGAUCCUCGGAGAUCUGGAUUUCAUCAACAUCCUCAACUAUGACUACCACAGCGCCUACGAGCCUACCAUUAACCACCACGCUGCCCUCCUCCCCGCACCUGGUACCUCCGAGUACGAGUGGAACGCCCAGCUCAACGUGGACUGGACCGUGAAAUACUACAUCUCCCUCGGCGCAGAGAGACAGAAGCUGGUCAUCGGCAUCCCGACAUACGGCCGGUCAUACACGCUUCUCGAUGGAAAUUUCACGGACUUUGGAGCCUCGGCCGACGGUCCCGGCGAGCAAGGGAAAUACACUAAGGAAAACGGGUUCAUGGCUUUCUAUGAGGUUUGCGAGAAUAUUGCCUCACAUGGAUGGGAUGUGAGGAAACCCUACCCUCGGCGUAUCGGUCCCUAUGCCUUUAGUGGAGAUCAGUGGGUCGGUUACGAUGAUGAGAAAAUUGUUGCCAGAAAGGCGGAAUAUGUUCGCGAAGAGGACCUCGGUGGCAUUAUGUUCUGGAGUCUCGAUAACGAUGAUUUCCGGGGCAUUUGCAACGGCGAGCAAUACCCUCUCGUUGAGGCAGGCAAGAAGGCACUCUUUGGAGCUGAAGACACCCAGACCAACGAAGCCAGGAAACUCGAAGCAACGCCAAGCACAAGAGGGUCGGCCUCAGACUCCCAGCGGUCAAGAAACAGGUUCCGCACCACGACCCAAGAACCAGAACCGCAAGAGCCGUUCGUGAGGACGCGCCAACGACCCUCCCCCACGAGAUCCCAAGACAGCACCCCCUCUCGCACCAGAACCCGAGGACGCUUCAGAACCCAGGACACCACCACCACUACCCGCGAGCCCUUCAGAACCGCUGAGGGUGGUUCGCCCGUCGACGCCGGUCAGAGGGUUCGCGGUGGAACCCGAUUCAGGGACGCUAGACCGCAGACUGACACUGAUAGAUCCACUAGAGUUCGCGUCAGCAGCGACAGGCCCCGCGCCCCUAGCCUCUCCUCACGCCUCAACCGCCCACGGACAAGGACUACCCCCGCCCCCACCACCACCACCACCACCACGCCCAGGCCGACCAGACCAACCACGCCCGCCCGUGUACCCGGACGUCGCCGCCGCCCGGGAGCACGCCCACAGAACAGGCGUCAGCAACAAACCACCACCAUUGACCCCCUCAACACGCCCGCCCCGCCCACGACGCCCAGUCCAUCAACUGGAUUCUCAUGCAAACGCGAAGGAUUUUACCCCAACCCUGAUAACUGCCACAAAUACUACUGGUGUCUCGAUUCCGGUGCCUCUGGACUUGGCAUUGUGGCACAUAGCUUCACUUGCCCCUCGGACCUGGUGUUCAACAAGGUGAUCGACGGCUGCGACCACCCCGACCGCGCCAAGUGUUCGACGGAGAAGAAAAGUCGCGGUGGGGCAGGUGCCACGACCCCCCGCUCCUCCACCCCCAUCCCCACCACCACCGAGAUCCCCACCGACUACUCCUACUAUGACGAUUACUAUUACUACGACUACGAGGAGGACCUGACGGAGCCCGAGGCGGUGGAGCCCGUGUCGAACGCCGUGGCCAGGAAGAUCCACAACUCCGGCGGGAACCAGUUCGUGAUCUCAGACGCCCCCGCGGAGGAGCCAGCAGCCCCCUCGUCAGGAAGUCCCGGCAGCCGGUCCAGACCCCAGUACCAGAACAUCGCCAGAGAGAGACCCAGGCAGCGGCGGCAGAGGAGGAGAGUCCGUCGCCCGCCGAGCCUGAGACCCGAGGCGACCCCCUCCGCCAGUACACGACCAUCCAGCGGCAGCGCCCCGCACGCCCCCAGGCCGCCGCAAGGGCGCAGGAGGAGGCGGAUGCCGCGGACGCCGGCGGCAGCGCGGGAGGACGUCGGAACUACGUGGUACGUGACCCUGCAAAGAGGUCGCGGCACGACUUCACAACCCAGCACGACCGUCGAGGAAGAGUUCCCCACGACCUUUGAGGAAACGACCGUCGCCUCGACCUUCCCCGUAAGUGCGCCCCCCGUCAAGUACCGCCCACUUGUGGUACGACCCUCCUCCACCCCCUCCGGCAUUGCCACGCCCACCCUUAUCUUGGACAUUGAGGAAAACCUUUUGCAUGAAGUUGCCCCUCCCGACUCUGCUGAUCAGAGGCCCUCCCUCCCCCUUUCCACUGAUCAGCAGACAGCAGGUGUUCAACCCCCCCUCCUCCAGGCAGAUCAUAUCCCUCCUCCACCUCCUCCUCCCCCUUCACUUCAGGCGACCUCUGAGUCGCCUGAGAUCUUAGUUCAACAUCCCGCGGAAGACCAACGUGACCUGUUUGACCCAAGCGAACUAACCGGAUCGGCGGACCCCGUUCGAGGAGGGGUCAGCUCGAGGUCACGGAUCGCAGGGGUGGAUCACGAGAACGAUCUUGUGGUGAAGGUCGUGCGAGGUCGUAAAAGGGUCCGGGUGUCGACUGCGUCUUCCCGCACGACGGUUAGUCCUGUGUCAGAGUCGGUGGUCGUGACCCCUGCUGACCUGGCACCUGAGGUCGUCCCUGUUCAAGACUACGAAAAUGUUAUCGCCCUGGAGGGUGGUGACGCCCAUCGCACUCUGAUGCCGGUGUCAGUGCCAGGCUUUGCGGAAGAAUCGGGUUCACACGAGACUCGUGGUUCUGUUACGGAAUCUUUAGCUACAGGCUCCCUUGAUGUCGGUGUAUCUGUCGACAUCAGUGGCAGUGUACCUUUCGGUGUUAAAGGCACUGAUGACUCUUCUGUUGUGCCUACUGGUGUUAGAGGCACUGCUAUUGUCGCUGGCACCGCUGGUGUCACCGGUACUACUACCUCUCAGAGCGCGCAUGGUGCCAUUGAUGCCCAUGCUUUUGAGGCUAAUGACAUUGCGGCAUCACGUGGCACUCAUAUUUCCCAGGCCUCGACCUCCUCCCGAGGCACUGCUGAUACUCAUUCCAUCGACACUUUCCUUGGCAUUUUGGGAGGAAGCGACUCUGUGUAUGGAACAGUUACAGCCUCCCGUGGCACUGCUGCUUCACGUGGCACUGUUACGUCACAAGAUGUUGCCGGCUUUAUUGACACGAGUGAUGCAGAUAACAUCAUUCCCUCUCACGGGACUCUUAUUUCUCAAGAAGUUACUGCUUCACGUGGCACCGUUGCUUCUCAUGAUGUUGCCAGCUCACGAGGCACUGUUGCCUCUCAUGAUGUUGCCAGCUCACAUGGACUGUUGCCUCUCAUGAUGUUGCCAGCUCACGUGGCACAGUUGUUUCUCAAGAAGUUGCCAGCUCACGUGGCACUUUUGCCUCUCAUGAUGUUGCCAGCUCACGUGGCACUGUUGCUUCUGAUGAAGUUGCCAGCUCACGUGGCACAGUUGUUUCUCAAGAAGUUGCCAGCUCACAUGGCACUGUUGCUUCUGAUGAAGUUGCCAGCUCACGAAGUUGCCAGCUCACGUGGCACUAUUGCCUCUCAUGAAGUUGCCAGCUCACGUGGCACUGUAGCUUCUCAAGAAGUUGCCAGCUCACGUGGCACUAUUGGCUCUCAUGAAGUUGCCAGCUCACGCGGCACUAUUGGCUCUCAUGAAGUUGCCAGUUCAUAUGGCACUGUAGCUUCUCAAGAAGUUGCCAGCUCACGUGGCACUGUUGCCUCUCAUGAAGUUGCCAGCUCACGUGGCACUGUUGCCUCUCAGGAAGUUGCUAGCUCACGAGGCACUGAUGCCUCUCAUGAUGUUGCCAGCUCACGUGGCACUGUAGCUUCUCAAGAAGUUGCCAGUUCACGUGGCACUGUUGCUUCUCAAGAAGUUGCCACGGCUCGUGGCACUGCAACUUCUCAUGAUGUCGCCAGCUCACGUGGCACAGUUGCUUCUCAAGAAGUUGCCAGUUCACGUGGCACUGUUGCUUCUCAUGAUUUUGACACGGCUAGUGGCACUGCAACUUCUCAUGAUGUCGCCAGCUCACGUGGCACUGUUGCUUCUCAAGAAGUUGCCAGCUCACAUGGCACUGUUGCUUCUCAUGAUGUUGAAACGGCUCGUGGCACUGCAACUUCUCAUGAUGUUGCCAGCUCACGUGGCACUGUUGCCUCUCAUGAUGUUGCCAGCUCACGUGGCACGGUUGCCUCUCAUGAUGUUGCCAGCUCACGUGGCACUGUUGCUUCUCAAGAAGUUGCCAGCUCACGUGGCACUCUUCUCAAGAAGUUGCCAGCUCACGUGGCACUGUUGCUUCUCAUGAUGUUGCCAGCUCACGUGGCACUGUUGCUUCUCAUGAUGUUGCAGGCUCACGUGGCACUGUUGCCUCUCAUGAUGUUGCAGGCUCACGUGGCACUGUUGCUUUUCAUGAUGUUGCCAGCUCACGUGGCACUGUUGCCUCUCAUGAAGUUGCCAGCUCACGUGGCACUGUUGCUUCUGAUGAAGUUGCCAGCUCACGUGGCACAGUUGUUUCUCAAGAAGUUGCCAGCUCACGUGGCACUGUUGCCUCUCAUGAUGUUGCCAGCUCACGUGGCACUGUUGCUUCUAAUGAAGUUGCCAGCUCACGUGGCACUGUUUCUUCUCAUGGUGUUGCCAGCUCACGUGGCACUGUUGCCUCUCAUGAAGUUGCCAGUUCACGUGGCACUGUUGCCUCUCAUGAAUUGCAGCUCACGUGGCACUGUUGCUUCUGAUGAAGUUGCCAGCUCACGUAGCACUGUUGCUUCUCAUGAUGUCGCCAACUCACGUGGCACUGUUGCCUCUCAAGGAAUUUCUAGCUCCCGUGACACUGUUGCCUCUCAUGACGUUUCCAUUUCUAGCGGCGCUACCAUCUCACAUGGCACUGUUGAUGCAUCCCGUGGUACAUUUGAUAUUAGCGAGACCGUUGUUGAUGGCACAGGCGACGUUCCCGGUGACACAAGCUACACUCUUACAUCACGUGGCAGUAUUGCUACGGGUGUCACAGCCACAGGUGAUUCUCCCAUCACUACUUCAGUCACACAGACACACAUUCAGUCACAACACGAGGGCAGUCAGACAGCUUCUUUCGGUGCUGUGCAUGGGUCACGGAUCGGCCUCGCUGGCACUCAGGGCGACCUCGUGUCGACGUCUAGUUUCAUAGAACAUAGUGACCCCAAACAGAGUCUUGACUUCGUGUCUGGUGGCGAUGACCCUGCCUUCGAGCUGACCUCACGUGCGGGAUCCGACCUAGCAUCCGCCCAGUCCCCUAUUUCGACCUUAGAGAUCGCUAAGAAGGUGUCUGUUUCGGUGACGGGCGAAGCUAGCGACUCCCGUGUUCCCCAGUUUCUCGAGGGGAAGGAGACCUCCACCUCCUCCCUCUCUUCUGCCUCCACCUCAUCUUCAUCUUCACUUUCUUCUUCCCUUUCCUCAUCCCUCUCCCCCUCUUCCUCGUCCUUUGGUUCUACUGAUCCCUCUCUCCAUCUAACCGUGCAUGGUACAGGACACACUCUCCAACAUGAGGGAAAAUUACAACUAGUGCAUGAAGGUUCCGUUCCCGACGCUGUUAACGAGAAGAGCCCCAUAGUGCAUGGUUCACAGCAUGGUGUGAAAUCCGAAGGGCGCAUGGCUGUAGAGACGGCGACGGAGAAGGCGAAAGUGCAUGCUAACACGAAACCCCAGCGAGGCCAAGCAGAGGAAGGCCGCCCCCGCCUGCAUGAUGCUCUCUCUCCCCAGACCGGCGAUGACUUCGGAGUAGCUAGUGGUGGCGCAGCGCUUGAGGAUUACUAUUACGUCGACGACCUUUCCUACGAUGAUGAAGCAGCCAUCUCUUCUCCUGCAAAGCCACAAACCAUAUCCGAUACCACUACUACUCCCAUAACCACAACUACCACACCUAUCCCAACAACAACCACAACUACCACCACCACAACACCGCCGCCAACUACCCCAACACGCAGGACAUCCAGGCCCCGAACACGUACACGCGUUAGAGGCCGUCCAGUAACAGGCUCCAGCAGCCGUAGCCAGGGGUCGUCUGCAGGCCCUGGGGAGCGCAGAACCUCCACUCUCCGCCGCCGCCUGCCAUCCUCCACAUCCACCACGGCCGAGGAAACAUCUGUCACAGGAACGACCUCGACUAAAGAGGAGGUUGUGAAGGAUGUGGAGGUGACGCAGGAGGAGAAGAAGGAGGUUCUGGCGACUCCCACUGCCGGUAGACGACCCAGCAGACUGAGGCCCAACAGACCCAACCCACAGACACGGAGAAGGAUUGUCGUAAGGAAGAGAGUCGGAGACGACGCCAGAUCAGAUCAAGCCGAAAGCCCGACGUCCGGCCCCGCAAGGAUCCGGCCCCGACCCACCGCCUCGCCCCGCCUCACCACGCCCCGCGCCCUCAUCCGCCCGCGGCCGCGCCCCUCCACCACCACCGCCGCGCCGCCUCCGCCGCCGCCGACCACCCUCGAGCCCGCCGUCGUCGAGGAGGAGAUCUUCGUCGAGGAGGAGACCCUCGCGCCUGAGGAGGACCUCGUGCCCGACACCACCGCCGCGCCGGAGACUUCGGUGAGGCCGACCAUCAAGUCGCUCCUCAGCCCUCGGCCUAGGCCAAGCACCACGCCCGCGCCCAGGACGCCCGAGCCCACCGCGCCCGCACCCACCACGCCCAGACUUCUGAGCCCCCGACCCACCGCUGCCAGGCCAGUCCGCCCGCGCCCGUCCUUCCGCACCACCACCGCGCGCCCCUCGACCCCCCGCCCACCUCCUCGCAGCCCUCGCCCUCCCCGCCCGGCGACCCAGAGGGCCCCGCCCGCGCCCGUCGGCCCCGCUGCCUCGUCCAUCAUCGGGGGAGACUACUUCGACUACUAUUACGAUGACCUGGAACAGGGCGCCCUCACGGGCACCCUCGGCCAGCUGGCGACGCUGACGGAGAAGGCCGUGCUGAUGCCCGACGGCUCCGUCACGUGCUACGACACCGGCUACUUCGCCCACCCCGAGUCCUGCAAGAAGUUCAUCUCGUGCUCCAAGACGGUGCGCGGCCUCGUGCGCGGCUGGGUGUACACCUGCCCGCAGCAGCUGGUGUUCGACCCCGUGGGCGGCAUGUGCAACUGGGCCGAGGCCGUCGACUGCAUCGGGGGCGAGUAGGCGCCGACGGGGGAGCCUCCGCCCGCCCAGGGUGGCCGCCAUCCUGGGGCGACAGAAGUGUUAUCCUGUUAUCAUGUAACAUAACCAUGUGAUGGGCAAGGGUCUAAAAAAAAUCGUACAUAAUUUGUAAGAUAUAAUGUUGUGAAACAGUAAUUGCGCCUCUGGAAGACUUGCAUAUUAUUGUUUAAAAAUUAUCUAUCUGAUAUGUAACCUUAUCUAUAGUCUUGUUAUAUUUCAUCUGAUUAGGAAUAGGAUGCAUGAUUACAAGUAAAAACAAACAAACAAAAUCAAAUAUUUUGACAAUAUCUUCAUAAAAUCAAAUUUCGAGAUACAGACCUCCAAAAAAAAGUUAAAUAAUUCAACCCAUAUAUAGAUAUUUUUUGUAUGAGUGAAGUAUACUAUUUUUGUUUUCAGUGUUUCUCACUGAGUGUCAAUUAUGCCAAACCUUUUUUUUUUUCUUCAUCUUUUGAAUAUUAUUUUAUUUUUUGUCGCGUUUCUUAGAGGAGUGAAAAGUAAUGCUUGACAGGCGUGCAUCUCUCAUUUGUUCCUUUGUUGUUUCAAAGAAGUGAUACUUUGACUGCGUUUUUGUGAAACUUGUUGAGUGAAUGUGUUGAUGUGGUGCUCCUCAUCCGAAGAUGUGAAGAUGAGAUUCUAAAUUAUUAUUAUUAAAUGGGUUCUUUAUAUUUGACCCCAUCAAUGUUUAUUGUGUAAAUAGCAUUUUGUAAUUAAACAUAUCCAUAUGA